AUGUUGAUUCAAAAGUUCCUGAGGCUUUCACAACCUCCUGAUCAACGUAUUGUAUUAAAAACGUGGUAUAAAAGUGGCAAUUUCCAAAAUGAUAAACACGUUAAUUUGAAAGUAAAUUUUACCAAGAGAGCCCUUACACUUCAACAAAAAGAAGGUUGA